AGACAGUGCCAUAACGCUUCACAGUUUUUGAUGACAUCAUCGUUUUAUGCUUCGCAGAAAUCCGACAUUUGUGUUGGCUUCCAGGCAGCUCCAAAGAUGGACGAUCUAUAUGAGCCCUCUAUUUUUAGAGGGAUUAAAGUGGAAGAGAAAUAUGAAAAUUUUACUGGGCAUCCCAUUGGAAGUCUGGUUAUAGCUGGAGGUGCAGGUGGUUUCUCAGGUGUCUUAGCAGGGCCGACCAGCGUGAUGGCCAUGCGCAAGGCUUUCAUCCAGACUCAAGGAUACAAUCCACCAUCUAUGUAUUCUAUGUGGCCCUAUAUACGUAAUGUGACUGACUUUAAAAGGCGAGCAUUAUUGCCACUGUUCGAAGGAAGCUUUACCAAUAUGUUGCGAUUUGGUACAAACCUUGGAGCUACCUUUGUAACCAGUGAAAUGUUAAAGAGGAUACGCCCUAACAGAGAUACCAACGUGUUUGUCCAUGUCAUUUGUGGGGCAAUUGCUGGAGCGGUUGGCCAGGCAGCAGCUCAUCCAUAUGAUGUAGCCCGCUUGAGGUUAAUGUUAGAUGGGAAAGCAGUGGUAAAAGGAGAAAUUGAACUUACACCGCACCAGCGAUAUAAUGGUGGAUUAGUGAAUGCUAUCAAGAUGGAUGGUUAUCACACCCUGUCUAGAGGAAUUGUGCUCUCAGUUGCUGGAGCUGCCUUGUAUAGGGGGAUUCAGCUUGGGUUGUAUGAUACCGUCUUUGAAGAAACCAAGCUGGCUAAAUACAUGUCUACCAACCAAGAUGGAAUCUUCUUUCAGCACCCAUUUAUGUCACGCUUUGUUGUUGCUUGGGUAACUACAUUUGUUGCACAAGUGGCAACGUAUGAAAUUGAUACACAGCGAAAGCAGCAGAUGUAUUCUGGUAAGAGCUUGAGUAAAGCUAGCAUUGGUAUGUCACAGUUCCUCAGUUUUCUAAAAACAUCACCCUUGGCUGUUCUCCGAACAUCACUGGCAGGUGCCAUUCCUUUGGCCCUAGUCUCUGACCUUCUCUACCACUACCACCAUGGGAUUCCAUUGUUCUAUCCCUUGUUUAGUCAGUACAGAGCACUUAGAGAUGACUAUUAUAGGAUAGAUACCUUUAGAUAUGAUAUGGAAAAUCCCGAAGCCCCAUGUUACUUAGGGAAGUAGACUAAAAGCUAAGGUGCAUCAUCAGAUGUCUUCUUGGAGUUUGUUUUGACAGUAAUUCAGAACUGUGCUGUGUGGAUUGCAUACGUUACUUGUUCUUUGUCUUCAUAAACUUUUUUUUUUUUGGUUAUGCAUUAACAGCAAUGGACAAAAAGGGAAAUUGUCACUUUUUUGGAUUGCAAGGAAAGGUAGUGAUAUUGUGGUGAUGCUGACUAAAAGCUGGUAUUUACAAGGGAUUUAUGUAAAAAAAAUGACAUGAGAAGUAUUUGACAAGCAAUGAACAGUUUUUCAGGCAUGUCGUCUAAAGAAUUGUACCUUGGAAAAUAGUGUGUGAUACAUGUAUCACUGAUUAAUUUGAGAAAGAAAAUGCUUUAUUACUCCAUUUCAGUGUUUGUUGUUAAUUCUGAUAUUUAACAUCUGGCACAUUGGAAGAUAUGGCUCACAAUUCAGGAAAAAAAAGAUUUAGCAAUGGGGUGGAGAUGGAUAAUGGCAAAAAUUAUGCUCUGAAAAUUGUACAUUUGGUGACUGGGUACACAGCCAGUGGAUAAAAGAGCUGGCAUAAACUUUUGUGAAUGAAGGGACAAAAUGAGAGAUCGAAAAAUUGCUUGGCUUGUAUCAUUUUGCUCAU